AUGGCUCCAGCCCUACAAACAACGGACCCUACCACCCAUCAAUUCGCUCAAUCUCAUCCGAAUCAACAUGCAGACCCCGUCAACGACGAAAUACACGAAUAUCAUGCCACUUCAGUCGAUGACGACAGCACUGAUGCUGGAGAGGAUCCAUCCGCCGUCAUGCGCAAGCUUAUGAAGGGCAAGGACAAGGAAUGGGAUGCUGUCGCAUCCACCCGGUUGCCAGGCAAGAAGCUCACCUUGCUUGAGCUACCGGUAGACAUCUUGCGGUUGAUAAUUAAGGAGAUCACCCAUACGAAUGAUCUUACCUCUCUAGCACUGACGAAUUCUAACCUCCAUAACCUUGCAAUCCCUCACAUCUACUCUCGAUUCGAUAUUGUUUGGCCCGAUGCGACCCAAAUGAAUACAGCCGAUUCUAAAAGCGUAGACGCGCUUACUUACGGCCUCUCCACGAUCUGCCUCGGCAGCUCCUUUGCCUACCGAACGCGCAAGAUGCUCAAUCCUUCAUACAACAUGGCGAACCCCGGCCCUAUCAAACGGAGGCCAAAAAAUGACUACGCCAAAUACACGAGAAAAUUCUCGCUCGGCAACGGCCCUACUGACUGGGUUGCGGAAUACAUGAUCUCGAAGGAAAGUGGCAAAAUGCUGGGUACGCUGGUGGCGCUUGCCAUAGAGAAGAUGGUCAACUUGGAGACAUUCGUCUGGGAUAUGCCAACCGGAGUUCUGUCUGAUAUCUUCAUGGCACUGGCAUCUAUCCCAGAACACAGUCCGGACGGCGAAUCGAAACUGGAGAAGGUCUGGGUCAGGUGGCAUGACAACUAUGAGGGCACUACAUCUUCCACGUCUACAAGCCCGGCUCCUCCCCCGCCUCAUCUGGCAGCGCCAGGCGGCAACAACAUUACAUCUAUCGGCUAUUUGAUCGCUUCAGGUGCUGCUCACGCCGCUUCGCGACCCCCCUUACCCUAUGCAGAUACCCGGGUUGAGUUCCCUACAUUCUGCGUUCUGCCCCCCCUCAAAAGUUUGACCGUCUUAGACAUUGACGAACUGGCCUACUUGGAUGAGAUGGCGAUGGUAAUUGAACGAUCGAAAGAUAGUCUCCAGGAACUGCGCGUUGGCAUAUCUCCAAAGGCUGUACACCGGGAUUUCGCUCAGCCCUGGGAUGGGCCUGACUUGCACCAAAUCGAUCGGGAAGCUAGAUGGCCUGGCGAAAGCUCCAUAGGGGAAAGGAGACUGGGCGGUGUCUUGGGAGUGCUCGUGGGUCGGGUGUAUGAUAUUCGUCGGAAGGCAAGCUCGAGAGCCAGGGAAAAGGCGCCAAUGUCCUCUGCCCCGGCAACACAAACCACGAGUAACGCGGCCCCGCAUACCGACAGCGCGGACACUUCGCCUGAGUUGGAGGUGAUUGAGCACUCUCAUACAGAUGCCGGUCAAGAUACUGCCCCAGCGGACGAUACAACCGAGAUUGACUCGGAGGACCAGCCUUCGGCCCUUUCCGUGGGAACAACUGCCGUGACAGACACUGAACAAGCCCGCGAGCCCGAGCCCCAGCCUGAGCCUGAGCAACAGGAUACAACUUUUGGCGACAAGACCCCUGAACAGGCUUCCAUCUCCUCGCGAAAGAGGUUAGAAGGCAAGCUUAGGCUGCGGACCCUCGAACUUGAGCGGGUCAGUCUCUCGAUUCAGGUCUGCAUUCAAGCGUUUGACUGGACCGUUUUGACAAACAUUGCCAUCUUGGAUUGUAGUCAGAGUGAGCAUCUUUGGAAGGGCCUUCGACGGCAGUUUGCGCCAACCCCGGCAUCAAGACUUGGACCUCACGCAACCGGUUCUAACAAGCAAGCCAUGGAAUAUCAUCUCUGCCUCAAGAGUAUUCAUACCGACACUGUGUCGAAUUCCCUUAUCAGCUUCUUGAGAGACACAUUGGCGCCCAACAGCUUGGAGGUGCUCUUCUUGCAAGACCGUCGACGAGUUAACCCCCAACCCGUCACCAUUGAUCAAGUCUUUAAGGGGGUCAUUAAGAAACAUCGAGCGAGCUUGCAAAAGGUGCUUCUAGAUAGCUCAGACCGUAAGCAAAACGAGGCGCCAGGCGACAGCUCUCGUUGGCGUAAUUGGGUGCUCACGACAGACAUGUUGCUGUACAUGACAAGCGGACGAAUGUCGAACCUGAGGGAACUCGCCAUCUCCCUGCAUUACAAGGACUGGCAUACCUUCCUUCAACGCUUACCAAACAUUCCUCAUAUACGAUCACUAAAUCUGCAAUAUGUUGCCGAUCACAUAAUUGGCACCUUUGAGCCAAGAGAGUUGGCGUUGCAAAUGGUUGACAUCAUAACUUUGCGUCCUGAGAUACAGCUUUGCUACGUGGGCAUUUCUACAAAGUGCUUCGAAAUUUUGGAAAGCAAGCCAGCAGAAGACAGCAGCGUUUCGAGCACGAGCGUUGCGAUAGAUUCUGGUGUCUUGGCACACGACUCGGGAGUCGAUGAUGAGGAAGACGAAGAUGACAAUGUCGUAACCGAUGAGGAGACAGCCAGUCAGGUGGAUGAAGAGACCUCGGAGGAAGAGGAUGAAGACGACGACGAUGAUGAUACCCCCGCGAGUGCGGUAGAAGCGGACGACACACAGUCAGAGACAUCUGUUGCGCAGGACUCGGACGACGAAUCGCUCCGAGAUGUAGACUACGAGCCUUCGAGGCCACGCCUCCGACUCCGCGAAAUCCUGUUUUACGACGACAAGGUGGCAAUUUUCAAGGCUAGGCACGGGAGACUGUGA